AUGGAAAAGCAAUUUCUAGUCGACGCAGAGUGCGGCAAAGAAACGCACCGUGUUGUUAUUGAUCAAACAGUCUUGAAGUGGACACUUUUCCAAAAGCGGAUGUCUAAAGCCUUCCGACAGCUUCCGCCCGUUUAUGUCAUGAUAUACUGUGGUGUCAAUGGUACGACUCUAGUGAACGAUCAAGAGACAUAUCUCAAGUUUUAUGUUGAGAGUUUUGGAAUAGUGAAAGUGCACUUGGGUCAAAAGGAACGUCUGAAAAUUACUAAACAGGAAUUGGUCGAGUGGUUAACCAAAACUGUUGCAGUGAAAUGUCUAAGUGAUAAAGAAAGGAAGGAAGAAGUCUUCUGGUCUGAGUUGUCAAACUUAUUUGAAGACAAUGAAGUACAACACGCCGGCAAAGUUUUAGUUGACAUCGUCAACAAAAAGUGUAAGACUGUCACUCAAGAAGACGUUGAAAGGGUUAAAGAAGAAGAAAAAGAGUUAACAGUGAAGUACCAUAUGGUCUUCUUACGACAUGUCACAUUCAUCUACCCAACAAAUGUCAAAAAAAUGACUAAACAUAUUAAAGUGUGGAGAGUAAAGAACAACGGGAAUUGGCAAUGGCCUAAAGGAUGUUAUGUUGGCUAUUGGAAUGGAACUAAAAUCUCGCCAGAGAAGUCUACAUUCCCAAUACAGCCUAUAAUCGGAGCAAAUCAAAUAGAAGUCGCUUUUGAAUUCUCCGUUGAGAACGAAGGAAAUUGUUCGACGGAAUGUAGACUGUUUACACCGGACGGAUUACCUUUUGGUGAUGUUCUAAAGAUUGACUGCGUCGUCAUUUAA